UUAUAGCCUGACUGUCGUGUUAAUGAUGACAUGCGGUUCACUGCCUACAAACAGUACGUGCACAAAAUGUUUUCAAGAUGGGGGCCAAAUGUUAAGAAUUUGGAAGCUAUCAGGAAAUCCUUGGAGAAUAGUGACAUGACUCUGUUACACAGCCCAGUGCUUGGAGGUGUGGAGAUUGACCUUGUGAAGCUGUAUAAAACAGUUCAAAGCCUUGGAGGGUUGAAGCAAGUCAUUGAAAGGCAGAAAUGGACAAAGGUGACUGAGAUGAUGCAGAUACCAAAAACUGUCCAGGACAGAGUAACCAAACUGGAUGACAUUUAUUGCAAGUACCUCUUGCCCUAUGAGACCCUUUCUGAAGGAGAACGAGAGGAACUGUUAUGUCAGGUGGAAAAAGAGCAUGAGGAUGCUGAAGCAUCUGCAAAGAGUGAGAGUACCAGCAGUUCAGAAGAGGAAGUGGAUGACUCAGCCAAUGAAUGUGUUGUGAAG